AUGAGUAAAGACACUAUUGCUGACAUAAUAACCUCUAUACGAAAUGCUGACAUGAAUGAAAAAAGAACAGUUCGAAUACCAUCUACUAACAUCACUGAAAAUAUUGUUAAAAUCCUUUUACGAGAAGGUUUUAUUGAAAACGUGAGAAAACAUCAGGAAAGCCGUAAUUUUUUUUUGGUUUUAACCCUACGACAUAGGAGAAAUAGGAAAGGACCGUAUAGAACUGUUUUAAAUUUAAAACGGAUCAGCCGGCCCGGCCUACGAAUCUAUUCUAACUAUCAACGAAUUCCGAGAAUUUUAGGCGGAAUGGGAAUUGUAAUUCUUUCUACUUCUCGAGGGAUAAUGACAGACCGAGAGGCUCGAAUAGAAGGAAUCGGCGGGGAAAUUUUGUGUUAUAUAUGGUAA